AAUGGUUUGUCAUGUCAAUAAAUGUUACUGUAAAUGGAAACCCGGUAAGCAUUCGCCGUGGAAGAAUGGUGCUCUCGGAUUUAGAUCUGAUAAAAAAGAACGAGCGUGACAGGAGAAGAAAGUUGCGACUGGAACAGGUUCGACAACAAUCGAAAGAGAUAUCCCAUAGGCUUUUACAACGGGCAAAGAAUGUUACUAAGGAACAGCUCACGCAGUUAGAGAAAGAUGGAAGGUCUGAACUUCGACAAAUGCAUGAUAGAAAAAUUAUGGAUCUUCAAAGAAAGUAUCAAGAAGAUAUGGAAGAUAUCGGUCGAGCACAUGUCUCAGCUGCUAUGCAACCAGAUGUUGAAGCAUUAUUAGAAAUGGACAGAAAGAAGAAUAGGUUUAUUGCUGUAGAAAGAGGAAAGGAAGCUGCCCAACGACUAAGAGACUCUGACCAGGUUGAAGACACUUAUGCAAUUCUACAUGAGAGGCAAAGGCAAGUUCGAGAAAUGGAGAAUGCUAGAGCUGCCAUGAUUGCAAAUCUACCUAAAAAGUCACGCCUACAAAAUCAAUCUGAGCAUGAUUCUGAUGCCACAGGAGAUAAGGAAACUCUUAGAAAAAGCCCUAAAAAAAGGAAAGGCAAGAAGACUAACAAACUCCAGAAAUCUAUUCCAAAUGUAGUCGUUGAAUCUCCAGAUAUGCAGGUAGUCAUAAGCAAUUCACAAGAAAAAAAAUCAGAGCCCCAACCGGGUCCCUCUGGACUAUCAAAGCAGGAAAUAGAUGCAGCUGCAAAACGCUCAUCUGCAUCACAAAGAACUAUUACCGAUAUAUCGGAUCUUCCACGUGUCACACCUAGCCAAGAAUUCGAUGACCAAGAGCCACGCAGACAUAUACCUAUCCUAAAUUCUCCUUCAAAGGCCGACAAAGUAUCAAGGUACAAUCCUGAUGACUACAAACCAGAUUCUUCAACUUCGUCUAGUAGCAAUAGCAGUCCGACAACAUUGAGUGAUGAUUCCUCUUAUUUUUCGGAUGGUGUUGUGGAACAAACGUUGUCAAACAAUACUCUCAGGCAUGCGCCAUCCACAGCCUCCAGCAAAGUCCAACUUUACGAUCAUAGUACUAGGCAACGAAAUGCAUACAAUAAACCUGUUGGCGUAGUCGAAAAAAACGACUUAACUGGACAGCCAAAUGCCGAAGAAGAGGCACGUGCAGUACGAGAUUCUGAAAUUGCUGACCGUCAAUUAGCGGAAAAUAGAAAACGUAAUGCGCAGCGUCGAGGUAAAGAUGCGAUACUGCGUGAGCGAGUGCGUCGGGAUUACCAAAAUCUCAUGCAAAAUUUAGAUCACCUUUCUCGGGAAGAGAGAAAACUCAGAGCCAGCCAAAUUCAUGGUCCUCUGGUCAAAGAUAUUCACCUAAAUCCAAUUCGUCGACAAGAACUGCUUGCAGCACGUGAGCAAGAAAUGAAUCGCGCAUUUGAAACAUUGGCUCAUAACACCUUAUUGGGAGCCACGAAUGAUGAAGCUCUCAGACGCACAGCGGGAAUGACGAUUCCACCAGUCGAUGAACGAGAAAGUGCAGAGACCUCUCCAAGGGCGGUAUGGCAAGACCCUCCUUUCUUUGAACCUAUAGACGAUGAAACGGAAGAGAAGCAUGAGCAGGGUAGUGAAAUGUCUCGCGAGGAGCAAAUACUUGAAAUGCUUCGCAAGGUAGAGCGACAAAAGAGACUUCUAUUGAAAGAAUUUGGCGCAGAUUUACCUGACGAUAUUUUUAGCGCUAGUGUUAAACCGUUGUUCAGUGAUGAUGUGUCCACUCAAACUCCCAUGUCUCAGAAAAAGAUACAAACCUCACCAGCUCCUGAAAUUAAGGUAGUCAAUUUAUCGAGCUGCGAAGAGAAUGAUAAAAGCAAAUCUAAGACUGGAAAGAAACGAGUUACCGUUCUUCCUAAAAAAAUUGAAAUCGCAGUACAGACGUCCGUGUUAGAUGAGAAAAGUGCUGCAAUGGAUAAAGGCGUGCAAGUGGAAUUGAUAAAAGGUAAACAAAGUAGCAGUGAUACGACCAGUGCAGAAACUAUUGAAAAACCAGUUUCUUCCGAAAAUCUUCCAAUAGAAGACAUCGUCGAAUCAAGAAGCAACAGCGGAUCUUCGGACUCUGCGGGAACUGGAAUCGUAAUUGAUAUUAAAAAAAAAUCAGUGAAAGUUACGCCAAGAAAGAAGAGAAGUAAUUUAAGAAUAUCCAGACAAAGUUCUCCAAGAGUAGUUUCCAAACCUCGCUCACUGCCUGGAGGUAAAAUUCCAACACCUGUCAAAAAGCUGUCCAGGUCCGCUCCAACCUCGAAGCAAUCUACUCCAAGAUCCAAAACUUCUGAGAGUAAACCAAUCAACGUUACAGAUAAAAAGGUCAAAAUACAGUUAGACAAAGGUGGAAUCACGGUAAAAAUUGAUCCACCUAAUGUCCUCGAACCAUCAAGAGAUGUGAGUACUGAUAGCUCCAAGGCUCCCUCGGUGGAAACUUCAAGAGAGAGAAUACCUGUGGUUAAGAAACAGACCAAACCGAGAGAAACAUCAGACACUUCAACGUCUUAUACAAGCCCACCUCCACCGACUCCUGCAUUAUAUCGUACUAUGCGAAAUAACAGUACACCUGUCUUAGAAAUAUUAGAGCAAUCCGAGAACGAAUCACUGACAUCAAAGAAGAGGGGCAUAAGCCCCGUCUCCUCACCAGGAACUCCAUCACCGCGAACGAUAAAUUUACCAACAAACACUCCUCAUUCCAGGCAGAUCAAUAGGGUACUAGAAUUCAUUGAUUCUACCACCUCGGAUAAUACCAUAUCUAAUUUGAUCCCUGGUCGACAGUCCACUCCAAACGAAUUACCCGGCUACCAACCGAAGAAACAAACUCCACCUGACCGUUUGGAUAGGUCGACCGAUAUCAUUUGCCCUUGUAAAAAUCCUCAAUGUAAAUUAAUACACUCUAGUAUAAAAGACAUUGAAAAUUACGCGUCAGAAAAUUAUCCACUGAUACUACAAAAGUAUCAGGAUCUACAGAGUAUGUGUACAGAUAGAAUCGCUUCACUGACGGAUUUAAUUGACAAAGUACGAAGUGAGCAGAUAGGCAUAGAGCUCUCAGUAGGCGGACAUAGCGACGAAUCCAGUAUGUUCCUAGUACCAGGACCGACAUCAAUGCGCGGAGAUCUUCAGAGCGUACGUAAAUUAGUCGACAGCAUAGAAGCUAUACACAGCCAAUUGGCAAAAACGCUUAACGAAUCGCAACGAAUAAUCGCAGAUGAGAAAGUUUCUAAACAAGUUUCCAUAUUGAAAACUUCCACCCAGCCCAGUGUGUCUACUGAGACAGAUGACUCGGCAAUCAAGGAAAGUACAAUUGCACAACAUUCGGACACAAGCAGCAAACAAGACGGAUCUAGCAGAGAACUUCCAAGAAUAAUUAGCUCUGAACGUGUUAACAUACCUCUGUCACGAUACAACAUAUUGCCGACACCACAAACAAUUGCUAAGCCAAGGACCUCUACAUCUACUUCUCCAUCACCGGUCAAGUCACCACGACAAGAAGAAGAUAUGGUUGAACGAUUAUCUAAAGAAAUUUUGGAACAGAGCAAAGCGUUAGAUAGUAUAAUCUCGCAAGAUACACCGGACAACAUUGAUCAAAGAAAAAAUCGAUCACCAACUUCUCAACAUAUCUCUUCUGUCUCACCUGUUAGACAAAAAAUUUCUCCUCCCAAAGAGCAACGAUUUAUUCCACCCAGCGGGAGAGAUCAGAAAGAAUUAAUUGUGAAAACGUCUACUGGUCCUUUUGGAAAAUCAGAGAACAAAGAUUUUAUUCCAUUACUAGCAGGAAUACCCAAAGUUCAAAGGCUGCCGGUUGGCACUACAACAGAAAAUCAUCGACCUAGACCACCGGUCACUCUGAUACAUGGGCCGUAUAGAGUUCAGACGGGUUCUCCAGGUCACGAGUUGUCUACGAUAGUGGAAUUUGAUACUCCAGAUACAGGAAGUAAAAGCCAAAAAGGCGCAAGGAGCCCCGCAACCGGUAGAACGCGGAAAAACUUGAUACAGACUUAUCCAGGUUAUCCUCCAGGAAAACUCUCUGUACCUUCGACGACUCGGAGCCGGACUCCGGUUCACACCUCAUCGCCCUUGGCGCAGAUUUCAGCCUCCAAAAUUUCUACGAAAAAUUCCACACCGUCGCCAGUUAAGCAUAACACCAAACAAUCGCCCGUUAAAGAUGAGGUCACCUCAAAAUCCCCAGAACUGCAAAAUAAAUGGGCAACUGUAGGUCCUUCUUCCCCUGCUGUAUCACCUGAGAGAACAGUUGCAGGUUCUGGUACUCAAACCGAUGAUGGUGUUUUUAGACAAGAUAUUUCUUCCACUUCUUCAUGUUCAAUUCCUGAUAUAAGCGCAGAAUUAAUUAAGCGUAAUCUGAUUUACCAUGCUCGGGCAGUCACGACCGUAACAGAUACCCCAUUCCGUCCAAAGGAACCUCGUCAACCGGUUACUUCCGUUUCCACCGAGGUAGAUAAAGAUAAAAUAACAUCGACUAGCUCGAAUAGCUUUUCAGGAUUAUCUGGGAUAUCAGAAAUCACAAGCACUCCAACUUCUGAUAUAUUAAAGUACACUUCAUCGCCUGAAGAAAUGGAAACAGCAUUGAAAAAAUUGGGACUAGGUUGGGCAAUAACUACCUUGAAAAAAACCCGAGAAGCAAGUGCGUUGAGCUCUUCAUCUAACUCUGAUGCAACGCCAAUAAACCCAUCAAGAAAGAUGAUAUCUCCGGUGAAAAAGGACCUUGAAUCGAAGAUCAGUUGUCUGUCAAAUCUGAGUGACGUUUCAACGAUCUCCAUCAAAGACGCUAAUAAAAGUACAGAAAGAGCGUUGCUUUUGAAAGCAAGAACGUCGACGCCAAAUAUUGAAAACUCGAACACUUCUUGUGAAAAACCUAUUUCUUCAACAACGAACUCUUCCAGAGCUAGCCUUCAAGAUCCAAGUGAUAGUUUAACGGCGCCCAAUCUGUCGUUAAGCACUAAAAAACCGUCCAAUGACAGAGAAUCUAAAGCGCCUUGAUAAUAAAGGCCACAAUAAUAAUUGUGCGCUGAAAUUGAACUAGAUAGGAUUCUUGAUAUAUAUUCAAAAAUUAUUAAGUGAACACUAUCGUGAAAUCUAUGUUCUUCACGAUAUAAUAUCUAGUGUUUGCACGGUUUUUUUUAACACAGAUUUUUUCAGUCUUUUAGCAAGCUGGUACACAUCGCAUACACUGCCAAUCUUAUUCAGGGCCUGAUACUAGAUAGAAUUUUAAUUUUUGAUGUGGUGAAAACUGGACACAGAUGAACUAUAAUUCUUGUCUAGCAAACCUGAUUAACUUAUGUGAAAUUUUUCGUUUGAAUACAAUUGGGCACUGAGCCGUGAUAAAUUGGAAUUCUUACAUAUUUAAAUCAGGAAAGAUAGCCAUCCGUCCUAAAAAAAUGUUACGAGACACUUCGAACUACUGUAACAUCCAAACCAUGACCAGGAAGAUGAAAAAGGUAUCGGGAUAGUCCUGGUAUCGUCAACUGAAAGGACUUUGUUGACCCUAAAGUCUGCCAUUCAGUCUUCCAUUUUGACAAAAAUCGAAUAUUUUUUACACUUGAUGGAAUGUAUGUACCUAUUAGUAAUAUUAUGGUAAUAUAUUGAAUCAUUGACUCUGAUUUCAAUAAAUAAUUUGCAAACAA